AUGACCUUCAAAUGUCCAAAUGGAGAAGCGAAGGCGACCGGACGUGGCGUGGUUCGGCUACCGUCUGCACGUUCCGUAGCGAAAGGCUCUGAUGGAAUCCUUAUGGUCACCCAUUGGUCCUGUACGUGGCGACAACCAGGACUACUCCCAAACGCUGCACUUGGUCUUUCAAAUACGGGUCACCCUACCCGUAAUCACAUCACGGUUCAGCCCACGGACGCCGACCCAAAAUCAGGCUCACUUGGGCUCCAUGCACGAGUCAGAAUGGAACUGCGUCGCAUGUGGUACAUUGUCAAUACAGUACGGCCGAAAGAAAAGCUGGAAGCUUGUGAAGUCCAGGCGGCUAGACGCCGGCUGAGAAAUCAGUGUCCUCGCCCCGAAACGGCUCAGACUCAGGACGCUUCCCCUGGCCCAGUCGCGACUUGCGAGUGCAGCCAAGUUGAGCCGGAUCGGUUCCAAGCCAGCUGGAGACCUCCAAUCAUCCAAAAUGGUCUCAUCAACUGA